CUUUUAAAGUGAGCUCCUGUUGUUCUGAUUGGCUGCCGGGGCCCAGCCCACUUCUCGUGACGGGGAACGCUAGGCAGCAGGCUGGCCGGCGCACUUCAGUGUGUGGGCGCGAUGUGGGCCAGCUUCACGUGGCGCGCUGCGCUGUCCCCGGGACGCCGUACUCACUCAGCGCUAGCUCAGCUGCGCUGCAUUCUGGAUGGCGAGCUGGAAGGGAUCCGCGGGGCCGGCACCUGGAAGAAUGAGCGGGUGAUCACGUCCCGCCAGGGACCAUGCAUCCGCGUGGACGGCAUGUCCGGAGGAAUCCUCAACUUCUGUGCCAAUAACUACCUGGGCCUGAGCAGCCACCCUGAAGUGAUCCAGGCAGGUCUGCAGGCUUUGGAGGAGUUUGGAGCUGGCCUCAGUUCUUCUCGUUUUAUCUGUGGGACUCAGAGCAUCCAUAAGAAUCUAGAAGCCAAGAUAGCCCGCUUCCACCAGCGUGAGGACGCCAUCCUCUAUCCUAGCUGUUUCGAUGCUAACGCUGGCCUAUUUGAGGCUCUGCUAACCCCAGAGGAUGCAGUUCUGUCAGAUGAGCUGAACCAUGCUUCCAUCAUUGACGGCAUCCGACUGUGCAAGGCCCACAAGUACCGUUACCGCCACCUGGACAUGGCUGACCUGGAAGCUAAGCUGAAGGAGGCUCAGAAGCACAGGCUGCGCCUGGUGGCCACAGAUGGAGCCUUCUCCAUGGAUGGUGACAUCGCUCCCCUACAGGAGAUCUGCCGCCUUGCUGCUAAAUAUGGUGCCCUGGUCUUUGUGGAUGAAUGCCACGCCACUGGCUUUCUUGGGCCCACUGGACGGGGCACAGAUGAGCUGCUAGGAGUGAUGGACCAGGUCACCAUUAUCAACUCCACACUGGGGAAGGCGCUGAGCGGAGCAUCGGGGGGCUAUACCACAGGGCCUGAGCCACUGGUGUCCCUGCUACGGCAGCGUUCUCGGCCCUACCUCUUCUCCAACAGCCUGCCCCCUGCUGUUGUAGGAUGUGCUUCUAAGGCCCUGGACCUGCUCAUGGAGAGUAAUGCUAUUGUCCAGUCUAUGGCUGCCAAGACCCAUCGGUUCCGCAGUAAGAUGCAAGCAGCUGGCUUUACUAUCUCAGGAACUGAUCACCCCAUCUGCCCUGUGAUGCUGGGUGAUGCCAGGCUGUCUUCUCAAAUGGCAGAUGACAUGUUAAAGAAAGGUAUCUUUGUCAUCGGAUUUAGCUACCCUGUGGUCCCCAAGGGCAAGGCCCGGAUCCGGGUCCAGAUCUCAGCAGUACACAGUGAGGAGGACAUUGACCGCUGUGUGGAAGCCUUCGUGGAGGUGGGGCGGCUACGUGGAGCUCUGCCCUAAGCUCUGGGUAUGGACCGGCAGAGCCAAAGUUCCUCUGCUGCCAGUGACAUAGGUCUCCUCUGGUCAUCCCAGACCAGAGGCUGGGACUCAACCCAGACUUCUAGAACCUGGUUGAAAAUGGGCCUAUCCUUGUAAUCAGAGAAACAACAAUGUAGAAAUUGGCUUUGACACCU